AAAAAUAUAGACUCAAAAUAAUAUACAGAGACAAACUUUUAUUGCACAAGUAAGCAGGUGACAAUGAAUUAUAAUAAAUGGCCGUGUAAAUGUGCUGACAUGAUAUAAAGUCCAGUAGUUUAACGUCAUUUUUAGUCAAUCAUUCAUAACUUCUCUGUGCCCUGCCCGUCUUGUUUCGGACCGCCUUGUAAUUCCUGGCUGUUGGCUCCGCCCCCUCUCCCUCCGGUCGGGAUCUGACAGCCAGGAGACAUUCCCAUGAACCAGUUUGGCUGCCAGCCGGCGUGAGCUCGCUUUCAGUUUGAGGAAAUCUCUGGAUGUCUGUUGUUGCUUGAAGCCUGUGUGCUGCUGCCUGUGAGCUAUUUUUACGUGGUGUAGUGAGGGGUGGGCUCUGAGCAGAGAGAGAGCGGAGGGGCCGGCUCGCCCUCUGCAGAGAAACUUUUUGUUCUCUUGGAAGAAGAAGUGACUGAGAUAAAUGGAGCAGUGUUUGGGGAAACUGGCUCCUUGAACUGAAAAGAAUUUCUCUGUUUGCUUUUAACCGGCUGGAUUACAGAGACGCUGGGUUUCUUCUUGUGUUUUAAACUUCAUGCUGUGGUUUCGACAGCAGGGAGGUAACAAACUAUGGCUGACAUCACCUGUGUCGCUGCCUAGCAACAGGAGCCCUGCUGGAAGGGUCUAACUACGCCAUGUCUAACGGGGGCGGGGCGCCCAGCAGCACCACCCACCUGCUGGACUUCCUAGAGGAGCCCAUCCCCGGGGUCGGGACCUACGACGACUUCCACACCAUCGACUGGGUCCGUGAGAAAUGCAAGGACCGCGAGAGGCACAGAAAGAUCAACAGUAAGAAAAAGGAGUCAGCAUGGGAGUUCACAAAGAGCCUGUACGACGCCUGGUCCGGCUGGCUGGUGGUGACGCUCACCGGCUUGGCCUCAGGUGCUUUGGCUGGCCUGAUUGACAUUGCUGCUGAUUGGAUGAACGACCUGAAGGAGGGCAUUUGUCUGAGCGCCAUGUGGUUCAACCACGAGCAGUGCUGCUGGACGUCCAAUGAGACCACCUUCGCUGAGCGGGACAAGUGUCCUCAGUGGAAGAGCUGGGCUGAGCUAAUACUGGGGCAGGCUGAGGGGCCCGGCUCGUACAUCAUGAACUACUUCAUGUACAUCUACUGGGCUCUGUCCUUCGCCUUCCUGGCCGUCUGUCUGGUGAAAGUGUUCGCUCCGUACGCCUGCGGCUCGGGGAUCCCUGAGAUCAAGACCAUCCUGAGUGGGUUCAUCAUCCGCGGCUACCUGGGCAAGUGGACCCUGAUGAUCAAGACCAUCACUCUGGUGCUGGCGGUGGCGUCUGGCCUCAGCCUGGGGAAGGAGGGCCCGCUGGUCCACGUGGCCUGCUGCUGCGGGAACAUCUUCUCCUACCUUUUCCCCAAGUACAGCAAGAACGAGGCCAAGAAACGAGAGGUACUUUCUGCUGCGUCAGCGGCCGGCGUGUCCGUUGCGUUUGGAGCCCCGAUCGGAGGAGUUCUCUUCAGCUUGGAGGAGGUGAGCUACUACUUUCCUCUGAAAACACUGUGGCGCUCCUUCUUCGCCGCCCUGGUGGCGGCCUUCGUGCUGCGCUCCAUCAACCCGUUCGGGAACAGCCGCCUGGUGCUCUUCUACGUGGAGUACCACACCCCCUGGUACCUGUUCGAGCUCAUCCCGUUCAUCCUGCUGGGAGUCUUCGGAGGACUCUGGGGCGCCUUCUUCAUCCGAGCCAACAUCGCUUGGUGCAGGCGGCGCAAGUCGACACGCUUCGGAAAGUACCCGGUGUUGGAGGUCAUCUUGGUGGCGGCCAUCACCGCCGUGGUCGCCUUCCCGAACCCGUACACUCGUCAGAACACCAGCGAGCUGAUCAAGGAGCUGUUCACCGACUGCGGCCCGCUGGAGUCCUCGCAGCUCUGCCAGUACCGCGCCCAGAUGAACGGCAGCAAGGCCUUCACCGACAACCCCAACCGACCGGCGGGGCCCGGCGUCUACGCCGCCAUGUGGCAGCUCUGCCUGGCGCUCAUCUUCAAGAUCAUCAUGACCAUAUUCACCUUCGGACUCAAGGUUCCGUCGGGUUUGUUCAUCCCCAGCAUGGCCAUCGGGGCGAUCGCCGGGCGGAUCGUUGGCAUCGCCGUGGAGCAGCUGGCGUAUUAUCACCACGACUGGUUCCUGUUCAAAGAGUGGUGCGAGGUGGGAGCAGACUGCAUCACCCCGGGGCUCUACGCCAUGGUGGGCGCCGCCGCGUGUCUGGGCGGUGUGACCCGUAUGACCGUCUCUCUGGUCGUCAUCGUCUUCGAGCUGACCGGCGGGCUGGAGUACAUCGUCCCGCUCAUGGCCGCCGUCAUGACCAGCAAGUGGGUGGGUGACGCCUUCGGCCGCGAGGGAAUCUACGAGGCCCACAUCCGUCUGAACGGGUACCCCUUCCUGGACGCCAAGGAGGAGUUCACACACACCACGCUGGCCCGGGAGGUGAUGAGGCCUCGGCGCAGCGACGCGCCGCUAGCGGUGCUGACGCAGGACGACCUGACGGUGGAGGAACUGCAGAGCACCAUCAACGAAACCAGUUAUAAUGGUUUCCCUGUGAUAGUGUCCAAGGAGUCCCAGAGGCUGGUGGGCUUCGCUCUGCGCAGGGACAUCACUAUCGCUAUCGAAAACGCUCGCCGUAAGCAGGAGGGCAUCAUGUUGAACUCCCGGGUUUACUUCACUCAGCACGCUCCCACCCUGCCCGCCGACAGCCCCCGCCCCCUCAAACUGCGCUCCAUCCUCGACAUGAGCCCCUUCACCGUCACCGACCACACGCCCAUGGAGAUCGUGGUGGACAUCUUCAGGAAGCUCGGGCUGCGCCAGUGCCUGGUCACUCACAACGGGAUUGUGUUGGGCAUCAUCACAAAGAAGAAUAUAUUAGAGCAUCUGGAGGAGCUCAAGCAGCACACGGAGCCCCUGGCGGCUUCUUGGUAUUAUCACAAAAAAAGAUAUCCUGCGUCACAUGGCUCAAAUGGCAAACCAAGAUCCCGAGUCCAUCAUGUUCAACUGAUCCGCUCCUUCCAGGACGGCCGGGGGGGAGACGGCAGCGAGGACGAGGAGGAGGAGGUGCACCUCCUGGACGGCUCCAAUCUCUGACAUUUGGAUUUUUUUUUUUUUUUAGUUCUCAGCUUUGUAGACCCUGAACCUCACGGACUUACUGACUGACUGUGGCCCCCCAGGGACUUUAACGGCCACGAGAGGGCGAACGGUAAAAGACUUUGUUAUCGUUCUGGCUGCUGAGGACACGCGGAGGUUGAAGGCACACACACACACAGACACACAUACACAAACACACACACACACACACACGAGGAAUGCACUUUUUACACAAUCACAAAAACAACACACUUUUGCACUUGCAGACACCUCCAACAUGCAUGCUCUCUCCUCACCUAACCUGUAAAGACACGCCCAUUUGCACUCGUCACGUGCCUCGCCCCGUCUUCGUCCCGUCUCCGCUCCGAGGUUGCGCUAGACGUCGCCAGGCAGGGGUCAAAGGUCGGAAUGAACCGCCGAAGAGGGACGCGAUGAGGGACCUUGAACCCCUCCAGGCUUAUGUUCAAAUAGACUCACCUUCCUCAACCUCCCUCCCACACACACACACACACACACCAGACCUGUCCGUCCUGCAGAGAAAUACACUGUUUACCUGUGAAUCGUGUGCGUGUGUGUGUGUGUGUGUGUGUGUGUGUGUGUGUGUGUGUGUACCCCCUACAUUCCAGCCAUGGGAACUUAGAGGACCUGCACCUGCUCCUUGUGGGUUUAAAUGAGAUGGCUUUAACAAGGGUGUGUGUGUGUGUGUGUGUGUGUGUGUGUGUGCGUGCGUGGGCAGAUAUAGAUGGGCACUGUAUUUCAAGAACAAAAAUGUUCCCUUUCAGAAGGAGAAAAGUGGAAAAAGUAAGACCUUUGUGAGCGUAUUUUUCUUUUCUGAGCCAGCUUCAGCUGUGUGUGUGUGUGUGUGUGUGUGUGUGUGAGUAUGAAGAGAGGUCGAGUAUGUGCGUGAAAGGCAACAAAAAAGCAACGUAAAGUGUCAACGUUGAGUUCUUCUGUGAGCUCUGUUACAAGAAAUAUUAUCAAAUUUCUUUAAAUUUCUUCUCACACUGUUUGUUACUCUCGCUUUUAGAUUUUUGAUCUCGCUAUGAAUCAUUUACGUUUUUUAAUGACUUGAAGCAAAACGAAAAACUGGAAAUCUGCACUGUGUGAUAAGGGUUUGGUUAGUGUUCUUGUGGAGGAUGUCUUGUCCUCUUUUUCUGAAAUCAGCCCACAUCUUUGGUUAAUAAUGUCACAUUUUUAGA